CGUUCGUCAAGUAUCUCAGCUUCUACGAGUCUCUGGAGUGCAAUAUUGUAGGACGUUGCCCCACCAGUGGGCUCCCAUCAGGACCUACGGUAACUCCGGACAUGCAAGGCGGGACUUGACAUUCGAAGACAUUGGUGUCCAUCCCAUUAUUGUGAAAGCAUUGCAGGCUGCGUUUCCGAAGGUUCGGAAUCCUACCCAAAUCCAAAGUGAAUUUGUACCUGCAAUCCUGAGUGGAAAAGAUGUUCUCUUAAAGGAUGAUACCGGUACGGGAAAGUCAUUUGGGCUCAUGCUGGCCUUGCUGAGCAAACCCCGCGUCCCUGCAGUCAAGAGUGAAGGCGUAUUCCGGGAUAAGACCACACCUGCCGCGAUCACCUCCCUAGUACUUGUCCCCCACCGCGAUCUAGCAUACCAACUGUACCACUGGAUUGAGAGUAUUGUGAAGAAGUCCCCAAAGCGUCCUCAUCUCCCCAGUGUUGUCCAAAUGCUCGUUCGCGGCGCGGCAGUGCCUGUCAAAGAUCAGAUCUCGCAGUUACACGGAAGUCCGCCUCACGUUCUUGUAGGAACGCCUCAGGCUGUUCAAGAAGUCUUCAACGAAGACAGGGCAGCCCUGCAACUGGACUCGUUAUCAACGGUUGUGGUAGACGAAGUUGACUACCUGAUCGACGCGGUACCCAGAAAUGCGUCAACUUACAAACGGGAUAAGGUUCUGAAGAAUAUCCGGAAGCACCCCGGGCCUACGCGCGAACUGCUCAACUUCAUUUAUGACCGCAGGCGCGGGUCUGUGGAAUCGUCUAGUGGUUGCACGGCCGGACGCAGUCCACAACUCGUAAUGACGAGUGCGACAUUCCGAGUCUCGUACCAGAACGAAGUCCUGCAGAGUGGCUGGUUCCAAGGCGAGGUAAUAAAGGUGACGGGAUCGUCUACGGCAGAUACUGGCUCUGGCAGUGACGAUAAUGGACACUCCCCAUCACUGUCUCACUGCGUCCUAGUGGUAUCUCAGGAGGGCCGGAUCAAGAAUAUCGAAGGCGCCGUGGAAGCUCAGGCGGAAUCACCAGAUGACGUCCGAAGUGGCCCCGAAUCCUCCGAGGAAGCCUUUCCAAUAAGCGACGACGACGCGGAUGAGAUUUUCCAACCUAAGCUGGAUAGCGAACUUAGGAAGAAGUUCACAUCUACGCCUUCCCCCUUUGAUCCCGCCUUACUGGAAGCUGUGGCUGCUGCGUUCGCACUCGACGUGCCCCGGUUGGCAUUGCUGGUCUUGCCGGCUGUAGGGUCAGUGAAACGGGCAGUCUUCGAGUUACAGCAGCUCGGCGUGAAUGCCCAGGGGCUGGAUCUUUUCGCGGAGGAUCAGGGGCGCAAGCAAUUGUUGAAUAACAGCCCGGGCGCUCCUGUGGACAACCCCGUUCUUUUGGUCUCAACCUGGGCUUCUACUAGGGGCUUAGACCUGCCCGAACUAUCUCACGUCUUCGUGCUCGGUGUUCCCGAAGGGCGCAGAGUCGAUACCUACCUGCAUGUUGCUGGUCGGACUGGACGGUUUGGACGCAGCGGUAAGGUGGUGACAGUGGUGGAGGAUCGGCGGGAGGUUGUACGGCCUGACGGGAAGAAGAUCGUACAGGAUGAUCCGAAGAGGAUGGCGGUUGUUCUGAAGGAGAUAGGAAUCGUUCCUGUUAAAUUCGAGCACUUUGAUUGAAUGUCUUGCUAGGGUGAUGUCGCGCAGGCCAUCACGCAGGAACUCAGCGACUGAUCUUGGACGCCCUCUUGUUCCUUCAGACGUCA